AUGUCUUUGCAACCGGAGUUUACCGCCACCUUCAGUAUUGUGCCCUAUUGUCAGGCGGUAGGACUAAAGAGGUCUGACAACGCAGACACAGAUGACACUGACGACCGGCUUUCAAGGGCCAGGAGUGAAACACUCGCCAGUGAUUUCUCCAUUGACGAUGAUGGCGUAUCUGAUUCUGUCUUUCGUUCCACUUCGCCACCACUACCACCGGCAAAUUUUUCCUUCGUCGCUUCGUCAACGUACAUACCUCCCAGCACAUCUGAGCUGCUGAAUCGUGUGAGGGAAGCCAAAAGAAGUGGAAAAUCCAUGGACGAGGUCAUCCACGAGCUACAAAACGAGUUUUAUCCUUUACUUCCUCCACCGGGAUACGUUAUACCUUCACCUAGCCUAUAUCGCGCCACAGUGGCGAAACUCGAACGCCUAGAGCGGUGCGGCGGUCUUUUGAACUCGCUGAAAAGGGAACUUGAGGAUGAAGAGAGUGAGGAUAGUUCAGGAACUGAGGAUGACUUGAACGCCGAACUGGAAUAUGUUGAUGUCGUUGCUCCAGUUCCUUUUACGAAGAAGAAUGUGGUAUCAUGGUCAUGGCGGUCAAGCUUGUGGGACUACCUAGAACUAUCUGUGUCAAUAUCUGCAGGGAAGCGGAGAAAGAGACAGCCAGAAUUCGAUGGCGAUGAAGAAGACGAUUGGGCUCAAAGGAGCGUAGAUGGAAUCAAGGGAAGAAGGCUGAUAUCCGGUGUUCGGAGCAGGAAGAGAAGAAGAGUAAUAUGA